AUGUAUAGGGUGGUCAUUCCGCCGACACUGCUGUAUGGAGCGGAGAUCCCGGCCGAUAUACAAGAAGCAGGCACGGAGGCUCAAUCAUUUCCAAGGAUUGAUACUGCAGCUGAGAUGGCAGGACCGGAUCCCAGACUGGCGCGGGCGGGGAUCCUCAGUAUCUACGUUAUGCUGAGACAACUGCAACUUCAUUGGAGCGGCCACUUCGUGCGGAUGUACGACGAACGGCUACCCAAACGACUUUUCUACGGAGAUGUCGCCACGGCUGCACGUCGAAAAACAGGACAAGUCCGUCGCUACAAGGACACUCUGAAGACCUCCCUGAAGAGUAUACAGAUCAACCCGGCCAACUGGGAAGACCUCGUCCGUGACCGAACAACCGACCUGGAGGAGGACAGUGAAGACAGGCACAGCGAUCUAUGA